AUGUCUCAGAUCACGCCUCUUCUGUUCGACUGCGACAACACACUCGUCCUCUCUGAGGAGCUCGCCUUUGAGGCCUGCGCAGAGCUCAUCAACGAGAUCUGCGAGAAGCACAAGAUUGACCAGCGCUUCACCGGCGAGUCCUUGAUCAAGGAGUUUGUCGGCCAGAACUUCCGCGGCAUGAUGCUCGGCCUCCAGAAGCUCUACAACUUCACCAUGGAGCAGGAGGAGCUUGAGACAUAUGUCCGCCGCGAAGAGGAUGCCGUCAUCGCUAAGCUCAAGGCCUCUCUCGUCGCCUGCCCCGGCGUUGACGAGCAGCUCGAAGCCCUCCAGGCCGGCGGCAAGUACAAGCUCUCCGUUGUCUCGUCCUCCGCCAAGCGCCGUGUCUGGGCCUCCGUUGUCAAGGUCGGCCAGGACAAGUUCUUCAAGGAGGAAGAGGUCUACUCUGCCGCCACGUCGCUCCCCACACCCACCUCCAAGCCCGAUCCUGCCAUCUACCUGCACGCCCUUGACAAGCUCGGCAAGACGGCCGCUGAAUCGGUCGCCAUUGAGGACUCCAAGAGCGGCACCCUCAGCGGCACCCGCGCCGGCAUCAAGGUCAUUGGCUAUGUCGGUCCUUAUCCCGCCGACAGGCAGUCCGAGAUGGAGAAGGUCCUGCGCGACGCUGGCGCCGUCGUCAUCAUGAAGGACUGGCAAGAGUUCCCCGACAUCCUGGCCAAGCUGUAA